UGUACUUUCACAGGCGCACACUUCAGCUUAGCGCAUCCCCGCCGUGAUGGAAAUGAACCCGCCGUCCAGAGAGCAGUGUGAGGGGCGGGACCAGAGCCAAGUGGCCUGCAAGAACCGGUCAGACGGCAGCGAGUGCGGUCCUCUUCAUCCGUGGUAGGUUCACACCGAGCGUCCUCUCCUCAGUCUAAACCAGAGGCAGUUUCAGAAGAUCGCUCAGGACAUCAAAAAAAAUGAUGGCAGUUUCCUGAACAAAUUAAAAAGACUGAAAAACAAAGCGGCUCCAGAGAUACCUGUGAGAGACUACAGCGAUGAAGACAUGAUCGGCGCUGAAGAUCUGACUGAAUCCGAUUAUGAUAAUGACGGUCCACAGCAGGAUGUCAAAUAUGAGCCGCCUCCCGGUCACAAAGUCUUUACCAGAAGUUGUUCUUCAUCCUUUCAGAGGGGGGAAUAUAUUGGCAGCUGCUGUAACGGACCCCAAGUGAAACCCAGAAAUGCCUUCAAGAAUUCCAAUAACUGUUUCGGAUUCAAACGACUGACGCCCGAACAAAACCACGAGGACAACAAUGAAGAGAACUACAUCAAUCCUGACGGCAAAAAUGAUGAUGACAACUACGUGGAACCAGCAGAGAACCUCCCAACUUAUUCUAAGAUGUCGAAUGCAAACAGGAUUUUGAGGGGCGACUCCGUGUUACAUCGAACUUUACCAAAGCGUCAACCCAGCCCAGAUUUUUAUGAAGUUCCAGACAAAGAGGAUAACGUGUUGAUUGUUCCAGUAAACAGAGUUCAUCCAAAGCUAUCACCCUCUAUGGAUCAGCAGGCCACAAAUGACACGGAAUAUGAAGUGUGUGAUCAAGAUGACGUCGAGACCGAAGAACCUGCAGUCCAAGAUCCUGCAGUCCCGCCUCAACCUUUGCAAAGACACAAGUUACUAAAAGCACCCGGAAAGCUGACACGAGACGUGAAGCUGAGGGACUUUGAGCGACAAACUCUGCCAAGAAUGAACACAAGCGGUGAACCUCCGCCUCCAAAAUCUUCAACUCUGGACAUGAAACGACGAAAGAUUCCUCUUCCACACGUUGGCUUUCCCGAGCAAACCGAUUGUGGUGAAAGCGGGGCAACACCCCACGACAAGGACACGGACGUCUACGCUAAGCCGUGGUUCGCUGGGGAAUGCGACCGCAAAACUGCUGACCGACUGCUUUGUCAUGCAAAUAAAGACGGGGCCUUCACAGUGAGGAAGAGUUCCGGACAGGACACGCACCAACCCUACACCUUGGUGGUGUUUUAUAAGGGCAGAGUGUACAACGUUCCCAUUCGGUUUAUACACACCAGUAAGAAGUACGCACUGGGAAAGGAGAAGAAAGGAGAAGAGUAUUUCCACAGCGUCCCUCACAUCAUCGAGACCCACCAGACCAACGCUCUGGUCUUGAUUGACAGCAAGAGCAACACCAAGGAUGCUGCCAGGCUGCGUUUUCCCAUCAAGCCUUAGUUGAACCUCAGCAAAUGUUGGCUUCUCCCAAUUUUUCUUUCAAUAAAACAAAU